GGAGAACUUGUCUUCUGCUAAUUUGCCGAAGGCUUCCCUCAGUCCCUCACAUGUCGAGGGUUUUCUGAGGGAAGGUGUUCGUAACCUUCGCAUGUUCGCCGAGGGCUCCCUUCAGUCCCUCACAUGUCGAGGGCUUUCUGAGGGCAGUAUAACACCUGUAUGACCGCAGAAGGCUUUCCUCAGUCCCUCACAUGUCGAGGGUUUUCUGGGGAAAGCAUAGGUGUAUUGCCUGCAUGUGUUGUGAUGAGGGCUGCUUCAUUUCCGCAAGUGACUUGGGAAAAAAUUUUGAUACUCUACCUCUGCCGAAGGGGGUGUUGAAGUAUGUACCCGAGGGGUGUAUCCCAGUCCCCCACUCCUUUGGGCCGAAGGCUAGUUCGGGCUGAAGGAGUUAUGAUGUGUUGAUACAAACCCGAGGGGUGACAAUAUUUACAAGCCGGGGGCUGAUGCUGCCGCAAGCUCGAAGGCGUUUGGUGGAAUUCGUCGUCUGAGGGCUGAGGAGGGCGGUAGCCGGAGGCUAUCAUUCGAGGGCACUCCAAUGCUUCUGAAAUAUAGCCGUUGCAAUAUGCCCGUUGGAAGAGGGGUUGGCGUGGCGUGUCCUUAUUGGCUGAAGGGAGCGGCGGUCAUCCAUUGGUCGAAACGGCGGCCUGUAAUGAUGGGCUUUCGAGUUGAGGCCCAGUUCUCGAGGCCCAUCUGCCUAUAAAUACCCCAAGGCAGAGCUCAGUCCUCCUUGUGCGUUCACAAACUCUAGCGAAGCUCUGCCGAAUUUUCUAGAGAGAGAAAAUCUUGCCCUCGAUCAGACUUUAAUCCCAAAGGUCAGUUCUGCCUCCGUUCUUCGUUUCCUUAGUGCUUUGCUCUUCGUUCCUUUAGACGUUGUGUUAGAGAUUUUAGGAGCCCUCGGCUAGAUCAUUAGUAGCCAGCCCUCGGCUAGAUCAUUAGUAGCCUUCCUCAUCCAGAAAUCCUUUCCCUUAAAAAAAAAAUGUCUUCGCAAACCGAUUCCCAAAACAUUUCGAGGGAGGCCCCGGUGCAAUCUGAAAGCAUCUCUGAGGUGGAAUCCUCUAGCGAACAGUCCUCGCACAUCAACGACUCGCAAGUGGCUGCCGAGGUCCAAAACCGACUCAUAACCGAGGCCGAAGCCGAGGAGUUUGAGCAGGUGAUAGAAGAUGAGGAGAUGGCCCUAGCGGUCCAAACUGCCGAGGAGGAGGAGGAGAAGGAGCGGAUGAGGGUGACCGUCGCUGUCCCUCCCCCCUCUCGCAAUGAUGCUGAAGCCGGGAGCUCCAGGCCCCUGGACCCGGAGCCUCUUAGUGUAGCCCCCGGGAAGAGGAAAAAGAAGGUGAAGGCAGCACCUAAGAAGAAACAAGCCGCUGCCGAUGCCGGGAGGCCGGUGGGAAUACCCGAAGGGCACUCAUAUCUGAACACUGCUGCCUUAGAGGUGAAGACAAGGGCUACGCAUGCGGAGUAUAUGGCGACACAGUUCUUCGUCGGGCCUUCAGCGCAGGUGGUGGAGCCGGGACCAAAUGACACGUUGUUGCACGCUCCCGAAGGCUGCUUCGCUGUCCAUAUCAUGUCGGUGGAGUUGGGCCUCCGGUUCCCUCUUCACUCCUUCGUCCUCCAAUACCUUAGAUUCAUCAAACUGGCCCCCUGCCAGUUGACACCCAACAGCCAUUCCUAUCUGGCGGGCUUCCUGUCGCUUUGCCGAGAGAGGGGUGUAGAGCCCUCCUUAGAACAAUUUUUCUUGUCAUUCAACUUAUGCCGGGGGGGGUCACUCCAAUGCCGGAGGCUUUGCCAACCUGCAACAGGUAUCGGAGUUUAGGUUGUUCUCUGAGGUCCCUUCGUCCCACAAGGGAUGGAAGGAUAAGUUCUGCUACAUCCGGAUGGAGGAGAACCCGUUUGCUGCCCCCCUCCGCGAUAACUUCAAGAGACAUCCGAAAGUCGGAAGUGCCGCUCUCGCGAAGAAUGGGAAGAAGUUGGCCGAGAAACUGGAGGGGUCCGACAAGUUGAAGACUAUCAAGGACGCGACCCUUCCGGAUGAACUCCUUAAGCUGGGCUUCCGGCGGUUCCGGCUAAUGGGGGAGAGAGACGAACAAUACCCGAUGGUAGACCGGGUGUACCGGAGCGUUGAAGGUGGUUACCGGGGGCUCGUAUUUCUGUACUUAGGAACUUUCGUCUCAUUGUCGUAUGUAGUCUGAUGUUUGUAUAUUUUCCUCUUUCUUUUGCAGGACCGGAUAUGGACGCCAAGAAUUUUGCUAAGCUGAAGAAACAACUGGCCAAGGAGCCGAAGAAGAAAAAGGAGGGGGGCCCUCGCAGCAGAGGCCCGUGGAUCAGUUUUUCCCGAAGGGAGAUGGCCCCCAGACUCAGGAGGGGGAGGUGCCGUCGAAAGAUGCCGGUGCUGGUGCCGGCACCGGGGCCGAAGUCCUUCGUACCGAUGCUGCUAAAAGGAAGGCACCGGGCAAAAGCGUUGAGGCCCCCGGGAAGAAGGCUAAGAAUGCUGCCGGAGCGAAGGGGGUGCCGGUGGUUAUAUCUGAGGGCCAUUCCUCUUCCGGUACGCCGACGAUGAUUGCCGCUUCCAAUCCCCCUCCGGGUCAGGGAGCCGAGUUAGCAUGGCCUCAGGAUCAUGUGCAGUUCUCUAUCACAAAGGGAACCGCAAUUAUGCAUGGCACCCUCAACCCGAGGGAGUUCUUGACUGGCGCUACUCCCCCGACGGACAAGUCGGUACUGUCCAGGCUGAAGGACGACGCCCUCGGCAGUAAGGUCCUCCAAGCCUCCGUCACUGCUGCCCUCGGGCUCGGCGAACUCCUGAAGAGGUUCGAGGGAGCACAGGCUCAGAAGAAGCAGGCGGAUGAGGCUUUGGCUGAUUCCCGGAGGCAACUUCUGGAGGUCCGGGAAACCCUCCGAUUGGAGCAGGAGGCCUUCGAUAAAAUCCUCCAGGACUCCAAGACGGUGGCCAGGGCCGAGGGGAGGGCCGAUGCAGAGAAGGCCACCGCUGCUGCCGCCAAAGCCGCCGCGGAAGCCGCCGAGGCCGCCAGGAGGGAGGCAGUUGCCGAAGCUGCCAAAGAGGCCGUUGAAGCCUUCAAAUCCGGGGGGUGGAGAACCGAGGAUCACAAGGAGUGGAUGGCCUCAGUCCUUCCGGAGACCGUGGAGGAGUGGGUGGCAGGCCCCGGUGCUUUGUGGUUGGCCCGAAAGGGCAAGAGCUACUACGAGGGCGGGGAAUACUUUACCCAGGCCAACAUUUACAGGAAGCUCUCCCGGCAUUAUGGCACCGAUCUGAAGGACUUCAAGCCAGAAGCUUAUGGCCUCCCCCCGCUCCAACCAGACGUCCGGGUCCCUUUGCCUGAGGGCGAAGAGAGGGAGCUGCUCGAAGAUUCUGAACUGGCGAAGGAGGCCGAAGAUGACGAGGACGAAGGGGCCGGGGACGACGCUGCCUCGAAGGCCAAGGAGGACGUGGCCGAAGAAGCCCACUCGUAGAAAUUGUCCAAGUAUCAUUAUUUGUAAUAGCUGAUAGGUCCCGGCUUCGGCCAUAUUUUUGUAUCGAAACACAUUUUUGAUUUUUCCUGUUGAAUGAAUGAUUGCCUUCGGGCUUUUUGUAUGGAUGAAUGCCUU